AAAUAAAGACUUAUAUAUAAAUACUCUUUCUUGCUGCGGAAAGAGGGAAGGCAAGAUCAUGCAGUGUUCUGUCAAUAUUUAGAGAGAGAAAGGACCAAAAGAACGAAGAAAAGAAAUUUUUAGAGAGAGAGAGAGGACAGGCACAGAGAAGUCUCUCCCGUUCUCUCUUGUUCUUCAGAAGUUUGGUAGUUGUUGUUGUUGAAGGAGAAUUAUGGAGUGGCCGACGUACUUAGAUGAAUAUGAAAAGCUUAUUAUUCGCAUGUCUACCCCUAGGGUCAUGAUAGACAAUGCCGGCUGUUCCAACGCCACCCGAGUCAUGGUAUGUCACCUGCUUGGAAUCCCACUCCCACCCCCCACAUAAGUCAAAAUCAAGACCCAAUUGAUAGCCUUGAAUCUGUCAAUUAAGAAGGCUUACAUUUCCUCCGACGGUCGGUGGUUCAUGGAUGUUUUCCAUGUUACUGACUUGAACGGCAACAAAUUGACUGAUGAGAGCGUCUUGAGUUACAUUGAGCAGGCUCUUGAGACAGCUCACUACGGAAGAUCGAAAAGUUUCGAGGGCCUAACGGCACUGGAAUUAACCGGCACCGACAGAGUUGGCCUUUUGUCGGAGGUUUUUGCAGUGCUAUCUAAUUUACACUGCAAUGUGGUGGAUGCUAAGGUCUGGACUCACAAUGGCCGAAUUGCGUCCUUAAUUCACCUCAAGGAUAACGAUUCGGGCUCCCCAAUCGCCGACUCGCAGAAGUUGGAAGUGAUUGAGGCAAUGCUGAGGAAUGUGCUCAAGGGGGAUAAUGACAUCCGAAGUGCCAAAACCUCCGUUUCAUUGGCUGUGACACAUACCGAGAGGAGGCUUCAUCAGAUGAUGUUUGCAGAUAGGGAUUAUGAGAGGAAGCCGAUCAUCAAGACUUCUGAUGAUUGCCCUGUUGUUUCGGUCCAGAAUUAUCUGCAGAGGGAUUAUUCUGUUGUAAAUAUUCAUUGCAAGGAUCGGACGAAGCUUCUGUUUGAUGUGGUUUGCACGUUGACGGACAUGGAGUAUGUCGUUUUUCAUGCCACCGUCGACACAUCAGGAGAUAGAGCAUCCUUGGAAUUCUUCAUCAAGCACAUGGAUGGAACUCCUAUUAGUUCGGAGGCCGAAAAGCAGCGUGUGAUUCUAUGUCUACAAGCUGCGAUUGAAAGGAGGACAUCUCAGGGCGUGAGGCUUGAGCUUUGCGCAUCUGAUAGAAAAGGUCUACUGGCUGACGUAACACGGACCUUCCGAGAAAACGGCCUAAACAUCACAAGGGCCGAGAUAUCCACAAGAAUGGACACAGCACUAAACUUUUUCUACGUGACAGAUGCGAUUGGGAAUCCAGCCGAUCCCAAGAUCAUCGAGUCGGUUCGACAGAACAUCGGUUUGAGUAAUCUGAAAGUAAAGGAAUUGCCAUUGAUCUAUCACCAAAAGGGCGAAAGAGACGAGCCCACAAUGGGCACAGGUGGGGCGAUGCUGCUGUCGAUCGGGAGCCUUGUGAGGAGGAAUCUGUACAACUUGGGACUGAUCAAAUCUUACUCUUGAAUCCAAGGAAAGGGGGGAGCACACAAAGGAUGUUAGAAGUUUUAAUUUGUUGGUCGUCAUAUUCUUUGCUUCAAUUGGAUGUUGUUACGAGCUGGGAAUGCAUUUGUACAUAGUAAAUGGAAUUUACCAACAGGGUUUGGUUGAUAGUUAGUUGAUUAUAGUUGGGGUUUGGUCGGGUGCAUAGGUAGAAAAACACACACAGACACACACACUGGAAGGUGGAUGAUAUGUGGGGCGGGGCCCCACCUCUCCACCAAUUUUCUUCUUGAAUAUAUUUCUUUGUUACAGAGAGAGAAAUUUGAAUGGGAAAAGGUGUUGGUUGGUGGGUUGUGGUCGAUAGAUAUUGCUGUCCUCGGUUUCUGAUUGGCUGCCAGAAAGAGAAGAAUUGAAGAUUAGGUAGUAGUAGUUCGGAGUAGAGGAGAUGAGUUUCAGACAGGGAUUAUAUUUUUGUACAUAAGUUUCAGUUUUUUCUUUCUUAAUUCCAACUAUUAUUCUAAGUUCUAAAAUUCCAACGUUUGACUUGAUUUA